AUGGGAGCGGGCAGGGGGCAGCGCUUCAGCCAGACAGGCACCUGGCGCCUCCACAGUGCAGGGCCUCACCACGACCUGCCCUGCCUCAAUACCCGCCCCUCGGGGCCCGGCCCAGGCGGCCGCAAGCCCCCACAGCUGCCAACCGCUGCCCCUUCCGCGCAGCGAGUCGCACCUGCGCGCCAGCUCCACGCCGCCGCGCCCCUCGGCGCCAAUGGCAAUGUCGACGCACACGGGAUAGACGGUUGCACCCACGGAUUCAGGGGCGGGCGCGGGUGCAGGACAACCACGCUGCGCGGCGGGCGCGUGGUGGAGGACACGGUGCGGGAGACGUGCCAGGUGCGGGACCACCUGGACCGCCUGCACGCCGCCCGCGCCUCCACCUACCACUCCGGCAGCCUGGUGCACGAGGUGGCGGCGCUCUACAUGCCCACCGGCCUGGCCGGCAAGGCGAUGCUGGGCAGCAUGGCCGCCAGCAUGACCUCCAGCCUGGCCGCGCUCAGCGGCGGCAGCGCCGCCUCGGGCACGCUCGGCCGCGCCCGCAACGGCGUCGCCGGCGGCGGCGCCUUUGGCGACGACACCGUGAGCUGCCGCGUGGUGGGCUACACGUAUGCCGGCGGCCGCACGACCUGGGGCGUGCUGGACAGCCCCGAGGCGCUAGGGCUGCCCCGGCAGCGCGCCGUCACACGCGCGGCGAUAGACCGCGUGCGGCCGCCCACGUGGCAGCUGCCGCGGGGGCACAAGGCCCCGCCGCGGCCGUGCAGCAAGCAGACACACAAGGCGAAGCUGCAGCAGCAGCCCGAGCGGCAGCUGCCUGCGCCCAAAUAACCGGCGGCCUGCUGCCCGCAGUGCGGCGCAGCCCCGCCUCGCCUUGGCCCAACCGCUGGGGGCCUUGUCCGCUCAACCAACCCCUCAACCAACCCCUCGCCACCAUUCUUUCAUACCGUGCCCUACCCCUGUCCCACGUAUCACCAACCCACGAAUGCCCAGCUCCGCGCGGCAACCAAACCCGCGGUCUGCCCUCCCAUCUGAUCUCGAUACUAGCAACCCCCAACAUCUGUUGCUCUGUCCAGGUUUCCUGAUUCCCUCCCCGUCUUACUCAGCAGUUUAUUAUUCAUAUCGGGUGCCUGCCUGGCCACUCUCCAGCGCGCGCUGAGGUGUUGCCUUGCUGCUUCUCCCACCCCAGCUGCUGCUUGUGGGGCAUACGCCCACACCCCACACCCCACUACUGCCUGUCUCAUGCCCUGUUUGUUCCCUCCUCCCAGCCCCGCACGCAUUGCCUCAAGGUACCCGCUCGUCAAUAAAUUGAUUACGGGGAUGCCCGCCAUCCCCAGGUAGGCCUCCCGGUAAGGAUGUGCCCCAUGAUGGGCAUGAUGGCCCCCCACCUGGAGGGUCAUUGGGGACAUCAUCCUCAAUCAUGCAUCAUUCUCCCUCCCGUUUGUUCUGUUGGCAUCCCAGCAACCGUAAUACGCUUUUCCAACGAACUCAACCCCCAUGAGCACACAUGAGCAUGGUGCCCAGUCCGGCAGCAAGGCUCUAGGUCCAACGCCGCUAUUGAGCGGUGCAGCUAACCAAGCUAAGCAGCUGAAGUCGCGCUUCAACUCGUGGGAAAGGUUUUGUGAAGCACAUCCACAGGCGCGCGUCGCCAUCGCCGUUCAGUCAGGCUACUCCCACGAGAUCAAGUUCUUUUGCCAUUCCAUCGUGUUCUGGGAGGAGUUCAAGGACUUCUUCACUGAGCGGUGCGCCGCCGCCGGCAGCCGCUCCGAGCGGUCGCGGCUGAAGGGCGAGCUGGGGCAAAGCAGGCAUUGAUUUCAGCAAGUUUCUGGCUUUGGCAAUAGACCUGUGGAAGGCAGAAGGUGUUAUCUCUCAGUUACAGGCAGAUGUCAUGAUCAAGCUGGGCAACGGGCACUGCAUUCGACACGGAUGG